AUGGCGGUAGCCAGCCAGCCCUCCACCAUUAACAAGGGCACCUCUUUCCAGACACAAAAGGCCUUUACGACGCUCUCUGCCAUAGGAACAGGCUAUGGGGCAACCAACACGGCCGUUGGGCUGCUCCUCGUCCUAGGCAGCACUGUCCCCAUGGGCGGCUCACCACUCUUCUUCUGGGGGUUUAUACUCCUGAUAGUUGUUGCAUGGGCCACGGCUUCCUCUCUUGCCGAGCUGGCUUCGGCGAUGCCACAUCCCGGGGGCCAAUACAUAUGGGUAAAUCAGCUCGCGCCGCCAAGUAUACGCCGCGGGCUCUCAUAUAGUACAGCCAUGAUCAGCUGGUUGGGCGCUGUAGCCACAGGUGCGUCCGCAUGUCUGUCGGCGUCAGUGGGUAUCUUUGGCGUCGUCAGCUUCCUGAAUCCGGAUUUUGUCUACCGUCGUUGGAUGGGCUUCGUCGCCUUCCAGAUUCUGAACUUGGUUACAAUGUUUUGCUCAUUCUUUGAGCAAGCGUUGCCCAAGAUCUCCAAGGCACUCCUAUUCGUCAGCGUUGCAUCAGCUGCGGUGGUCUUUGUCACGCUGUUUGCCACGUCGCGCCAACACGCAACCCCGGAGACGUUCUUCACAACCAUAUCCAAUACGAGCGGAUGGCAAGACGGGAUUGCCUUUUUGACCGGUCUAAGCGGGAUCAAUUGGAGUCUUUGCUGCCUUGACCUAGUGACACAUCUUGCCGAGGAGAUUCCUUCACCAAGCACCAAUAUUCCGAGGGCGUUGAUGUGGAGCAUCGUUGUGGGGUUUAUAUCUGGUAUCCUGGUCAUUACGUCCGUGUUUGUAAAUGUACCGGUCGUUAACGCAGACGAUGAUAACUCUGCCCUGAUCCUGUUUUAUAAAAUAAGCGGUAGCAAAGCCGUUGCUGUGGGGAUCUGGAUCCCGAUUCUGGUAGCCAUAGUCGGAGCCUUGUGGUCUAUUCAGGUAUGGCAGUCUCGUCUAUCAUGGGCCAUCAGUCGAGAAAGAGGAUUUCCGCUUCAUCGAUAUUUGGGAAGAAUCGCACCUGAACCGUUUUCCACGCCAGUAUGGUCUCUUGUCUGGUCGGCCGCGUUUUCCGCAGCGUUUGGAUGCCUAUACCUCGCGUCAGAACUUGCCUUUAAUUCUCUGAUCUCGACAGGACUGCUCCUGCAGUACAUUAGCUACAGCACUCCAGUCGUGUUGCUGCUUGUACAAGGCCGGUCUACAUUUCGACAUGGGCCAUUUUGGUACCCUAGGCUGGGCCUGAUGGCUAACUUGAUCAUGUUGGGCUGGACGGUGGUGGCCAUCGUGUUCUAUUGCUUCCCGUACCAAAUUCCUGCCGAGGCAGAGAAGAUGAAUUACGUGUCCGCCGUCUUGAUAGUUGUUGCUUUUUUCAUUUGCACCAUCUGGUUUACCUUUGGACGUCGGAACUAUCAGGUCAACUACUUUUUAAGGAAGUAG